UCUACACAUAUCAAACACUUCUGCAAGUCUGCAACUGCUUACCAGUCUAGCUUUUCACUCGCAAAUUUCCCAAGCAAAACACAAACCCAAAGAUGACCACACAGGCAGCUUUCUUCUCCCUCUCACUUCUACUUGUUUUUCUUUGUCAUGGCACCACAACUUCAGCGCAGCCAGCUCAGGCUCCAUCCCUACCCGCCUCAGCCCCGAAAAAGCCACCUACUGCCCCUUCAAAACCGGGCACCGUUGACGUCACCAAAAUCCUCCAAGGGGCUGGAGAGUUCUCGAUCCUAAUCCGCCUCCUAAAGAGGACCGCAGUAGCUGAUCAAAUAAAAGGACAACUCAAAAAAUCAAACAAUGGCUUUACCCUUUUUGCUCCAACCGAUACUGCAUUUUCCAACCUCAAAUCUGGCACGCUAAAUUCUCUCGGUGACGAAGAAAAGAUCAGACUUAUUCAGUUUCAUACCCUACCCAAUUUUUAUUCUCUAUCAAACUUCGACACUGUGAGCAACCCAGUCCGAACACAAGCAGGAGACAGCACUCCAGGUGAAUACCCUCUAAAUGUGACCUCUAUGGGAAACCAGGUAAAUAUUUCAACUGGCGUUGUCAAUGCCUCAGUGAGCGGAACAGUAUAUUCUGAUAAUCAACUUGCUGUUUAUCGAGUGGACAAAGUGCUUCUUCCUAUGGACCUUUUCGUCGCAAAGACUCCCAUUGCAGCCCCCGCACCAGCCCCAACCAAGCCUAAGGCUAAGAAGAAGAAAGCAGCAGCCAGUCCAAAGGCUGAAGCAGACGACACUCCAAAGGUAGCAGAGAGUCCGAAGGCAGCAAACACAAGCACAAGCACCACCAGCAGUAGUAGCAGUAAUAGUCUGCCUGCAGUGGUCGAUUCUGGUGCAGGGAGUCUGACAAAGAAUGGAAUAAUGGUGUCCGUUGGAGUUACAGCUUUGAUUGCUGCAUUUUCUAUGUUAUAAUAAUGAAGAAAUAUUCCUGAUAGCACCAGAUGGAUAUAUUUGGUGGGUGAAACGGUUUUCUACUUCGGUAUUUGAUUCUGCUGAGUUGGAUUGAUGGGUCGUCACUAUUUUCGAGUGCUUUUAAAUAAUAAAUUGCAUCCUUAUCCCAUUGAACUAAAUAUUAAUGUUUUUCCCACGUUCACGUGCC